CUACCGCUGUCGCUUUCACCGGUUCAUCUCCUCCUACUGUUGGUCCUGACCUUCGUUCUGAACCGGCCUUGUUUCUACUGCUCCUUCCUCCUCGUCAUAUUGUUCGCAAGCUCCUGUCACUGGUCCAGUCGCUGUUUUGUCGACUUCAGCCUGCACGGAGAAGACACACCCUCGAUCGCCUCAUGGUUCGUUCCCCGCUUGUACACCGCCGCCGAUGGUGUAGCAAUGGCAAGGAAAGCGGACGACACGUCCCAGUUCGGUGAUUUUCUGGCGGAUGUUACACGCAGCACCGUGUACGGUAUCGGUCAUCUGGUCAAGAAUUCGGCAUCUGGAUUCUUGAAUGAAGCAUACCAGAGCACGCAACCUGCCGCGCCUUCGCCGCCUUCCACAUCUGUAGCCGUGGGCUUCGGAGCCCACUGGCUUAGGUAUUUACUUGGUCGAACGGAAUGGACACUACCAUGCGUCGGAAUUAAAGUGGUAUUGUGA